AUGGAAGAGCUUCAAGCACGAUUGAUCGAGGAGUAUUCUCAGUCAAUCGAAACUUCCACCCUCCUAGCCAUUCUUUAUGACUACGACAUCAAAAGGCCGACCGAACUUGCUGCCGCACGAAAUAUUCUGGACAUUUUGAAAUCCUCUGCCUCAGAAGAAGAGAGUACAGGAUUCGACCCGAGCGGUGCUAGUGGACCACAGCAUGGACUCGACGAUGGAAGCGUGCGCGACGAGGUUGAGAGUCAAUCUGCCAGUCAGCGAGAAUCAAGGACGCAAACUGAUGACACAUCACUUUCACAGGACCCUGGUACGUUAGAUUUGGAGGGGCUGGAUCUGGAAGAGGGGGAGAGGGAGGAGAGCACCAGCAGAUCCUAUUCGAGUGAGCUUGACAAGCUCGACCAAGCAGGUAAAGAGCAAGCUUUGAUCGGGAUAUUCCCGGCUCUCAAGCCUUUCGAUAUAACUUGGACUUUGAAGAAGUGCAAAGGCGAUGCGGGUCUCGCAAUUGACGAGUUGAUGACUCAAGCCUUCCUUGAAGAAAGUGGAAGUCGUCACAGAGGUGUCGAUGCAUUCUCAGAGAGUGAUAUAGCUCCCCGACGGAAAGGCAAAGGCAAGAAGAAACGAGCAGCCAAAAUUGUCAGCAACCCGACCACGCCGCCAAGUCCCGUUGAGUCACCAAGUGAAAGCAAGUGGAAUACCGGCAAGCAAGACAUCGAAUUCAUCUCGGAUAAGACUGGUAUUCCUGACCAGCAAGUCACUUCUUUAUACCACAAACAUGGAGGGACUGCUCGUGGCACUAUUGCUGCUAUCAUUCAGGCCCAUGCUGAGAUGGGAAUCUACGAGGAUGAUCCCAUUGUCGCUAUCGAUGCCUAUGGACUCCACCAAGACUUCCCUUCAAUUUCGAUUGCCGACUUAGAGAUUCUGCUGCACAUCACCAACCAUGCCCCAUCAGCCCGCGACCUCGCUAAAGCGCUCGCGACACCAGUCAACAAGGAAAAUGCAAUCUUGCUUGAUAUUCGACAUGCACCAAUACAACUCGAUUCUGAGCCUGCAGCCAAGCCAAAAUCGUUCAAUGCAGUCUAUCAUGACGGCCCUCACGACUUCGCCGGCUCAUCUCAGGCAGCAGCUCGUUACUCGGAGUCUCGUAAUGUUGAAUUCGCCAAAGCAGCUGACGCAUUCCGCAAAGCAAAAUCCAAUCCGUUGAUGGGCGGCGCAGCAGCUUAUUACUCAGAAGUCGGGCGGACUUACGAUACGAAGGCCAAAGCAGCUGCCAGCCGAGCCGCAGACGCAUUAGUAGCCAGCCAGAGCUCGAAGCUGGUUGUGGAUCUGCAUGGUAUGAAUGUCAAAGAUGCGACGCGCAUCAGUCGUGAGCGGGUCACGAUGUGGUGGCACGAGCAUGGUGAGGAGAGGGCGGAUGGGAGAAGUGCUAAGGUGCCGCCUUAUAAGAUUGUCACCGGUGCAGGCAAUCAUAGCGCUGGUGGAGGUAAGCUGGGACCGGCGGUUGCAAAGAUGUUGUUGGCUGAGGGGUGGAAGAUCCAGGUUGGGAGUGGGAAUAAUAUGGGAUUCUUGCUUGUUUUAGGAAUAUCGAGGAGAAAGUGA